UAUAAAUUGCGGUUCGGCUCUGGUAGUAGUCCCAAUCGCUAGGGUUUUGAUUUUGCUGGUCUAAGCCCUUCCUCCGCGUCGUCUUCUUCCCCAGCGAGCCUCUACUGCCCACUAGGGUUCCGGCGAUCUCCGUCGCUAACGAGCUCCGACAAUGGCGCGGAACGAGGAGAAGGCGCAGUCGAUGCUGAACCGCUUCAUCGCCAUGAAGCAGGAGGAGAAGCGCAAGCCCAAGGAGCGGCGUCCCUACCUCGCCUCGGAGUGCCGCGACCUCGCGGAGGCCGAUCGUUGGCGAUCCGAGAUCCUCCGCGAGAUCGGCGCGAAGGUCGCGGAAAUCCAGAACGAGGGCCUCGGCGAGCACCGCCUCCGCGACCUCAACGACGAGAUCAACAAGCUCCUCCGUGAGCGCGCCCACUGGGAGCGCCGCAUCGUCGAGCUCGGCGGCCCCAACUACGCCCGCGGCGCCCCCAGGAUGACCGACCUCGAGGGCAACAUCGUCGACGUCCCGAACCCUAGCGGCCGCGGCCCCGGAUACCGCUACUUUGGCGCUGCGAAGAAGCUCCCCGGCGUCCGCGAGCUCUUCGAGAAGCCCCCGGAGGCGAAAAGGCGCCGCACGCGCUACGACAUCUACAAGCGCAUCGACGCGAGCUACUACGGCUACCGCGAUGACGAGGACGGGGUCCUCGAGAGGCUUGAAGCCCCUGCGGAGGCGGAGAUGCGGGAGAAGGCCGUGGCAGAGUGGCGCCGCCUUGAGAGCAUUAGAAGGGAGGCCAUGAAGGCCGUGAAGAGCGGAGAGGUCGCCACUGCGGGGGCUCCAGAGGCAGCAGCAGCGGCAGCAGCAGCAACGGAGGUGCUUUUCGAAGGGGAAGAGGAUGUGGUGGAUGAGGAGAGGAGGUUGGAGAGGGAGAGGGAGGAGAGGGAGCAGAGCAAGGAGAGCGAGUUUGUGGCGCACGUGCCGCUGCCGGACGAGAAGGAGAUCGAGAGGAUGAUUGUGGAGAAGAAGAAGGAGGAGCUGCUGAGCAGGUACACGAGCGACGUGCUCCAGGAGGAGCAGAAAGAGGCCAUGGCCAUGCUCAAUGUCCGGCGGUAGAGUUCGAGUACGAUUUUAUCUCUGAGUUCUUCUUUUUCAUGAAUCUCAUUACCAUAAUUUUUCUUGCUUA